AUGGCUGAGCGACUACAUAAAUUUCGUCAGAAUCCGGGUCGUGAUAACAUCGAUCAUGGCUCAGCCUACACGCCUGUUUCACAGAAUAAUGAGCUAGUCGGGAUGGGACACAAUGAAAGAAACAUGGCUACAUAUACUGAGAGAGAAGUUCCGAGAGUUGCGACUGGUCGUUCAAACACGGAUUUACGGACAGGGGAAUUAUUUGAUUUCGAACAAACACCGCCAAAGAAAGACCGAAGUGGGCACUGGGGACGAGUAUGGCGAGAUUUCAGCGGCUCAACAACGGUGCACGGAGUCCGGCAGAUAGGAGAGAGUACGCCGUUUUUCUUUAGAAGAGUGAUUUGGUUCUUCUUGGUCGUAACAGGUUUUGCCUUGUUUACAAAUCAACUGGUUACGAGCUUUCUCUACUACUUUUCCUACCCGAUGUCUGUAACAGUGAAGAUCAACUACAACACAACCCUGACAUUUCCAGCAGUAACUGUGUGCAACCAAAAUGCGUUUAGGGCAACAACGAUGGAAGAGAUCGGUUUGUACGAAAAUCUCACUGAUAUGUACAGUGAACAUGGGUCCGGUAAAGUUAGCCAAUCAUUCAGAAACCUAUCACUACUCCAUCUAUUCAAGACGGGUGGUCAUCAGCUAGAGGACAUGGUAUUGAGCUGCCAUUGGAGUGGAAGAGAAUGCAAUCCUGAUGAAAUUACGACAACCUUCACGGAUUACGGCACUUGCUAUACAUUUAACCAUGGUAGAAACGGUAUCCGUAUUCUAGAGUCAAUUCAGACUGGUUCCGCGUAUGGACUUAAACUUCGGCUAAAUGUUGAACAAUAUGAAUACAUGAAAGGUCCAAACAGUGGCGCAGGUGUAAAGAUACUCAUUCAUGACCACAAUGAAAUCCCGUUAGUUGGAGAUCUCGGACAGGCGAUACCUCCAGGGAUGCAGGCAUUUGUCGGCGUUCGUAUGUUACAGCUUCGAAAUCUUGAAAAACCAUAUGGGGAAUGUGAUGACUCUAUGCAACUUGAACACUUCGAUAACUACUCCAUAGCCGCCUGCCAUGUUGACACUAAGGCAAAAUACAUCAGUGAAAAAUGUGGAUGUAGAGAUCUCUAUGUACCACAACAUAAUACUAAACCAAAGGAAUUGUGCGACGUCUACACCUACUUCAACUGCGUAAUGGCAUCUAAUGUGAACGUUGAAGCGCUGAAGGGUAGAAGUGACUGUCCAAUACCAUGUAUGCAGAUGCAGUUCGAUACUGCCAUAACAUAUGCAGCCAUAUCAAACCACGACCUUGAUAGCUAUCUAAGCCCAACGCUGAACAAAACUGCCUCGGUGAAGAACAACUUUUUGAAUGCAAGAGAAACCCAGCAGAGAGUAGACGAGGAUAUUGUUAAGCAAGACACAUUGUUGAUUGAGAAUUUUGACAAAGCCAUGGUUAAUAUGGAGAAAGUAUUGCAGGACGUUGUCAAGCGUAUUCAUAGGUUAUCGAUGGAAUUAUCAGAUUUGUAUUUUGAAAUGUCCAGGAGAAUAUGGUUUCACUACAAUCGUGGCCUUGUGAAAUUACUUUCUACGAUGGACAGGAAUUUCGUCAGAGCUUGGGAAGUAUUGAACGAACGCUCUCUUUCACAUAUUACAACAGGAUUUUACGCAUUUAUUGAUUCAUUUUCUGCCGCAGUUAGUCAUUUGAUGGAGAUUCCACUAAACAACACAAAUUGCAGAGAGACUCUCCAAAUGAUCGUUCAGCGUGAGAUAACCAUAAAGCAAGUCCUUGCUGAGAGAGGCUAUGACAAUAUGACAAGGAUUCACAAUGUCUUUGGAAACGCAGACCCUUGGUUUGUCUACGAAAAUUCUCCAGAUAGACGAUAUGAUCGAGUGUAUAUAUCAAAAGAUAUGUUCAAAUACUCUGAAACUGGUGAACAAAAAGAAUACUCUGAGAUUCGAAUAAACAUAAACGAUUACAUGGAUUGCCUCAAGAAUUUUACAGAAAUUCUGUCAGCUGUGAUGGAGACAAAUGAUGCCAAUUGGACACAUAUACAUGCUACACAGGAAUUGUUCGCCUUAAAAGGAAAAAGAAUCAAUUACCGAUUGUAUAAGUAUGAGCAACAAACAGUACUAGUCACAAGUAAAGUAAUUCAAAAUAACAUGGAUAGUUUUAGAAAUUUGAACACAAGUUUUUUUCAAAGGGUUGAGACGUUAAAUCAACAGCUGGUAAGUUUGACCACAUCUGCAGUAACACUAAACACUUCAGCAUUGUUGACUCUGCAACACAUCGCUAUAUUGGCUAACCAAUAUACAGAACGAGGAAUAAACAAAACACUUUUAGCCAAGUCAGCUUUACAAGAGGAAGUAUCAGCUGCUAUGCAAGCAGUUAAUCUAUUUUUCUUAGAUCUGAGAUCACGUGAGCGUAUCAUAAAUGACAUAUGGAUACAAUUAAAAGUAGACGUCAUGAAAAUAUGGUCAGGCAUGUUAUCAGAAAGGGCAUUGUUUCCAUUUUAUCAAAAAAUAAAAGACGAUGUAAAUAUAGUGCGUCAAAAUGGAAGUCUUUACGAAAAAGAUAUUUUCCGAAGAUUGCUACGAAUUCCUAAAAAUGAUACAAAUAGAACUAGCCUCAUACACAAUAAUUGGGACAUAUUCUUAAAUGCUGAUUUUCCAGAUAUCAACUUAAAUGAUAAAAUGACAGGAAUUCAACUUCAAUACAAGCGCAUUAUAGAUCGAUUUAAUGUUAAGGAAGUCAUCAGCAAUAAAGAUGACGCCUUGAGAAAAGCGUUUGCUGAUUUACUCGCAUCACUGAAAGACUAUGAAACUAAUAAUGAAAUCGGAGCGUCCUUUGUUAAAGAAAACUUUCUACAAAUGGAUAUCUUCAUGAGGGAACUAAAUUACGAACAGGUAGAACAACAAAAGGCAUAUGAUCUAACAGCACUUUGGAGUGACAUUGGGGGAUCUCUUGGUCUGUUUGUUGGAGCUAGUGUUCUCACCAUUUUUGAACUACUGGACGUUGUGAUACAUAACUUGCUAAGAGUGCACUGCACUGGGCAAUGA